GAUAGCUUCGUUAAAAUCCACACGCAUUGGCCGAGUAACGAUUCAUUUGUAUGAAGUCAAUUAUGUCCAAUUUGCCCGCAAACUGUUGAGGUUAAAUAACUGACCACACGCGCUAUUCGUUUAUUUAAAUUGGAUGUUAAGUCUAUUGACGUGUUGGCAAAUCGCGUCGUCAUGUUGUACUCCAGUAACUACGCUGCACUUUGUAUUUCAGAAGUACCUAUUCGCAACCAACACAGGAUUGCGACAUCGAAAUAAAUUGUGUCUCACCAUGCGAAUACACAUCACUGUGUUGGGGCAUGCCUAAUAUUAAUGACAUUUAUUUCUCAUGCUCAUGGACAGAAAAUUCGAGUGUAGGUAAAAACUACACAUCUUUAAUCAGCAGCGUAACAGGGUCAGGGAACUGUGAAUCUACAGUGACAUGCUUAUUAUCUGGUUCUAAUGAAAGGAUUUGUUCAACAUCUUUUUAUGCCAACUCUUCAAAGAUGUCAUGCCCAUUUCUAAUGGAUAGGCUUAUUUCUAGUAAAGAUGGUAGUUUAAGACUGACAAUAGAAGAGGAAUCUGAUAGUUGCACAACUGUUAGUAAACCAUUUGAUCCUUGUAAUAACAUUGUACUGGGCCCACCAACAUUGAAUGUGACAGAUAAUAACAAUAUUAUAUCAGUUAGUGUUGGAGAACCAGAAUGCCUUGCUAGCUUUGUAUCAUGGGCGGAUAUAAAAUACACAACUAAAUAUACUCUAUUUGAUGGGACAACUACAACACCAUCGCAAGUAAAGACAUCCACCUCAUUCACAUUGGAAAGCGCAGACUCUAGGAUGUAUACGUUUAUUGCAUAUGCAGAAAUUGCCGAGAGCCAACAACCUGGCAUCCCUGCUACCACUGAUCACCUCACAAAGCCUCACCAAAGUACUGACAACAACUUUGUUGACUUUUCAUGUUCUGACAACACUGGUAUAGUCACGGCAAAAUGGCAGAAAACAGGGAUAAUAGAUCUUUUUAAAGUAGCUGUUUUUGAAGAGAAAACGCUUUCUGUUCAAGCGUACCAUCUGGUAAACAACGUCCAAAAUGAGAAUAUCUUCUCGCAAGAUUUAACCCUGAGCAUGAACUUGAGUUACACGGUUUCACUUAUUGCUUCAAACCAGGCUGGUGAAAGCAAUGCCACUGAGCUGAUGUUCACCAAGGAGUUAUGUGACCAAAAAAACAAAGUCCCACAGAGGUGCACGAGAGUCUCUGGUGGUCAAUCAUGGAUGUUAUUGUCAUGGCAACCACCUGCAGCCCCUCAUAGUUACGAGGCAUUUCAAAUUUGCUACGCACAAAACAGUUACGAGUCGGUCAAAGUUUGCUACACAGCUAACACCCAGCAAGGCAGAAGCAAUUUCAUGUACAAUGUAACUGAACUACAGCUGUGUACUUUGUACGAAGUGGAUAUUGCUUCUGUCUAUGGAGAAAUUACUGUUGGUAAAUGUGCAGUUACAGCUUAUACGAUGGAAACAGCUCCGAUUUCUGCACCUAAUUUUGAAAUAAACUCAAUUUCUUCAAACGAAAUAAAAAUCGAGAUUUUCCCGUUGACCUCUGACCUCAGCUGCGGGGAUAUAACUUCAUACAACGUUACUUACAAUUCUAAAUCUGCAUUAACACUUGUGGAUCCUUCUGGUGUUGCCACCCUUUCAAACCUCAACCCAUACACUGAGUAUAAUAUAAAAGUUGCUGCAGUUAACAACGCAGGCACUGGGCCUUUUAACCAAACCAUUACCAAACUUACAGAACAAGCAGCACCAUCUAACCCCCCAACCCUUUACCUUGUAUCUACCAAUGGAGAUGAAUCCCUCAUUCAAUGGUUGCCGCCUAAUAUUAUCAAUGGACAAAUCUAUUGUUAUAUUAUAAUGCUGGGCGGUGCAAUCAGCAUUAAUGCCUCAGACAUAGGUUGUAAUAUUGAGAAUAAAGAUACGCUUUCAACAAAGGGGGAUCAAACCAAUAUUACUUUGAAUCUGGAAUCUGGUACCAUCCUAGAAAUAACCGCAUGCACAGGUAACGGUACGCUCUGUUCUGAUUGGUCAGCACCAAUACAAAUACCAAUACCAGAUACAUUAACAGUUGUGAUAAUAGCUUCAGUUACAAGUGUUGUGGGGAUUGUUCUUAUACUAGGAAUCAUAUACAUAUGUUUUGCAAGGGUUCUAAAAACAAAGAUUACAAAACCAGUGAUACAUAAAGAGGUUUUGAACAGUUUCAGUGAAACACCAGUAUCUUCAAAAUGUGCCACAGUGCAUAAACCUUAUGGAGGGGAAAAAGAAACCCAAUAUGAGGGUAUUUACUCUGUGUAUGAACUAAGAAAACCUGGGCUUGAAAACAAAGAAUUACCUAAAGUUAUUCAAGAAAUUGACAAAGCCAUUUCUACAUCUGAAAUUUUUGAAGAAAUUGCAGAAAAUUUAAAGACAAUUAAUCAAGCUAAAGAUGAAAAUAAUGGAAGUAUUUCCUCUCUUAGAAAAGAAGAAUUUUCUUUUAGCAAGGGGGAAAAUGAUCCUUAUAUUCGUCUUCCGGAUGCAUAUAUACAUUAUCCAGAGCAUGAUCUUCAUAGUGAUGGAGGAUCUUAUCCAUCGUGCCAGUCAUUUGUAUCCACCGAUGUUUAACAUGAUGUGACCAAGUGGAUGGCAUAAUAUACAAGUGUUAGGAGGUGCUGGGUGAACAUGAUGCACCAAAAUUUAUACAAAGUUUUAGUUGGGACAGUGUAUGUACGUCACUUUAACAGCAGUCGUUAUAACACCGGUGUUCCCAUGUCGCUUAUGAGUUACCACAUAUAUGUAACUUUGUGGGUGAUUACUUUUGGGGACUUUUUAAUGUACGGCUCACAAUUUUAACAGCUGAUCUUCGAGCCACAAACCAUGAUCCUCUAGUCAACUAUAAUGAGCCAUUUCCUUAAUCCAAGGUUACUGGUAUUCCUAACAGUAGGAUCUCACCCACAUUAGUUAUAAACUAUUCAAAAACACAUACCAUUACUUUGGAUAUAAAUUACAUACAGGACUAGAGUAGAGAUAUGGACACUUUAAAGGCACUGGUAUUUGUUUUCCAGCAAGUAAUAAUAUGUGUUGGCUGUUGUUUUUUUUAUAUGUUCCCUCCUCAUGCCUGGGGCUAUUCCACUGUAUAAUAUAACUAAAGCACUCAUGCUUGCAAUGCAAAAUUUAACUGUUAGUUUUUUACGCUGUUUUAUGUUUUUGACAAUCUUCUAACUUAGGAGUAAAAACCUUGCGGAACUUGUAUUAAAAUGUCAU